AUGGCUGCAAUCCGAAAGAAGCUGGUGAUUCUAGGCGAUGGUGCCUGUGGGAAGACCUGCCUCAUCAUCUUCAGCAAGGAUCAGUUCCCAGAGGUCGACAUCCCUACCGUCUUUGAAAACUAUAUUGCAGACGCUGAGGUGUAUGGCAAGCAGGUGGAGCUGGCUCUAUGGCACACGCCUCUUUCCUACCCAGAUCCUGAUGUCAUUCUCAUGUGCUUCUCCAUUGACAACCCUAACAGCCUAGAAAACAUUCCUGAGAAGUGGACCCCAGAGAUGAAGCACUUCUGCCCCAAGGUGCCCAUCAUCCUAGUGGGGAAUAAGAAGGACUUGAGGCAAGAUGAGCAUACCAGGAGAGAGCUGGCCAAAAUGAAGCAGGAGCCUGUUAGGUCUGAGGAAGGCCAGGAUAUGGCAAAUUGGAUCAGUGCCUUUGGCUACCUCGAGUGCUCAGCCAAGACUAAGGAGGGGGUAUGGGAGGUGUUCAAGAUGGCUACUCACGCAGGCCUCCAGGUCCACAAAAACAAGGUCAGAGGGGCUGUCCCACUCUUUGAGAGCCCUAAAGCCUACCUACCUGUUUUCCCCUCCCCCAAUAAGCAUGUAGAAACUAUCCCCCUUCCAGCCCCACCAUCACGACUCUUGCUGAAGGCACCCUUUUCCAAUUCCCUCCAGUCCAGGACUGCAUUGAGCUUCCCUAGCCCCACUGGUGGUGCGCACGCGCUAGGAUGCCUCUCCGAUGCCGUCCCUGCGUCUCGGUUUGCGAUUCUGUGCGCGGAACUGCAGUUCCGCCCACAGAACCACUCGCGCUGCUCCCGGCCCCCUGCCAGCCCCGGCCAAGACCCCGCCCCAGGGCGGGCCAGGGUAGGGGGGGCUGAGGGCCUCCUACCGCCCCGCCCCGCGCGCCUCCGCCCCGCCCCGCGCCGUGCACAACUUGGGGCGCACGGGCGCUCGCACGCACCGACGGCUGGCGGACAGACGGACCGACGUGUGGACAGCACCGUGGUGAGUUCGCGCGAUUCGUCCGGGGUCUCCUCCUGCUGCGGCCAACCUCGCGCCUCACCAGGCCGCCCUUCGCCUCACACGGCUCGGGGCGCCCCGACGCACCGACGGUUCCACAGACCGACGUGCUUGGCUCGUUCUUGCCGUUCCCAGGCGCAGGGAUGGCGCCCGAGCGUGGUAUGCCGGGCCCCCGCUGUACAGAUUCGGGCACUGAGGCCCGCGCAGUCGGGGUGCCCGGGGUCUCGCUUUGGGUCCCAGUUCCCCACCGCUGGCUUCUGUGGCGUCCCUCUGCUCCCUCCCCAUGCAGGGUCCGGCCACCCCGCAGUCCUGAGGCCUGCCCCUUCAGGCCUGGCAUCGCCCCUGCCUUCACCUCCUCCAUUUACACCCCCUCCCCGGUCACACUCACUGCUGCGCACGCACUCACUCCCUGCAGCCUGCAGAAGUUCCUGCACACUUUGA